GUGACGGAGUUGCUGCGACAGCAGCGUGUGGUGGGCAAGGUCGUGGAGGUUUUUGGCAGCGGUGCGGAAAGUUUGGCCGUCACCGACCGCCUCACUGUGGCAAACAUGGCACCGGAGUGCGGUGCGACCUGCAUCCUCUUCUCGGUUGAUUCGAGGACUUUGCGGUACCUUCAGAUGACGGGACGAGAGAAGGCGCACGUGGACCGUGUGGAGGAGUACUACCGCGCCAGCGGCCUCUUUGGGGCCGCUGCCUUCGAAGCCGUGACCUAUUCAUCAGUAACCCACCUGGACCUUGCCUCCGUCGUGCCCUGCAUGGCGGGUCCGAAGCGGCCCCAGGAUCGGAUCCCUCUGGGGGAGCUCAAGAAGAGCUUCCACACGGCCCUGACGCAGCCUACCGGCCACUCGGGCUUCGGCCUGGAUCCGGAUCACCUGGGCCCCAAGGUUCUGGAAGUGGAGAAUCGCUCGGUGACUGUGAACCACGGUCAGCUGGCCAUCGCCGCAUCUCGGUAG